AUGUGCGGCAUCGGGUUAGUGCUUACGGCUUCUUCAACUUCAUGUCCAACAUGCGCAGAGACUUGUCCAGCUGCGGUCCCUUCAUCGCGUGUGAAAGGUCCUUUCGACCCAAAAGCGUACUGCGACGCCUCCCAAUUCAAUCAUGAGCUUCAAAAGAGACUUCGUGAACGAGGUCCGGACCAGCACGACCACCACUUUCGUCGCCUCGCCUCGAAUUCCGAUCAUGACAAUGGCUUUACACUUGCAAUGCACAGUGCGGUGUUACAUCUCCGUGGCGAUCGAGUCAUUCGGCAACCAGUGGUGGAUUCCGAUGGUAAUGUUCUGUGCUGGAAUGGUCAAGUCUUUGGAAUGGGUGGACCAGAGCGCUUGACAGCAAAUGCUUGCAAAAGCAAAGACGACGGCACCAAUGAUGACGAAAUCCUGCACCGGAGUGAUACGAUGAUGCUGUCCAAGAAGCUGCAAUCGGCUGGACGGCAACAUGUGGCUCCAAAAAUGACGACAACAAGCGUCGCUGAUCCAGUUGUUGAAGUACUGCGUCAAGUUCGUGGACCUUUUGCAGUACUGUGGCUUCAUGCCACAACCAACAGAGUGUACUUUGCCCACGACCGGUUCGGACGUCGGAGUUUGCUCUACAAGCACUGGGGAAGUGAUCACCGAAGGGACGUGAUAGCAAAGCUGGCAGGAACGAACACGACAUCGACGACAUGUUCUCGGACCAACUUGAUUGGGUUCGUGCUGACCAAUGUAGCCAUUGGACACGAUGAUCCAGACUCGAUGCAGUAUAGAGAGCUCCCAGCAUCAGGUGUAUAUGUGCUGAAUCUGCACGAAGACCAAACGCAAACAGCAGCGACCACGCCAUCUUGUACAAUGGAGUUUCAUCCGUAUCCACCGAUCGAUCCCAGAUUGGCACUGUCAGUAUCGGAAAUGGAGGCUUCAACCGACAUCUUGGAUCGGUUUAAGUGUCAAUUGCCUUGCUUAGCAAUGACUUCGGAGACCAGAACGACGUUGAGGGCUUGCGCACAAGCAUUGCUGGUAGUGCUUAGCAAUGCCGUCGGUCUUCGAGUUCGAUCGAUCCCUUCACGCCUUUUCUCCAACAAAUAUGAUGCUUCAGCUCGAGUCGCGGUAUUUUUUUCAGGAGGCUUGGAUUCCGUCGUGCUUGCAGCUCUCACGCAUUUCCAUGCUCCUGCAACCGAACCUGUGGAUCUCUUGACCGUCUGCUUUGAUGAAAAGUCAAAUUUCGCGUCGCCGGACCGUCACGCGGCUGAGUUGGCCCAUGCUGAGCUCUGCACAUUGUUCCCAGAGCGCCAGUGGAAUCUCAUCAAGAUAAACGUACCUCGGGAGGAGCUCGCAAGCAAGCAACACGAAGUCCAGACGCUUAUGACCCCUUGCGAUACGCAUAUGGACUUCAACAUCGCUGCUGCCUUCUGGUUUCUCUCGCGCGGUCGUGGAGUGUUGACCAAGUUGACUCCAGCAGCUGGGAAUACGACUCCGAAGAAGACGGACGUGCUUCUUGCGCCUCGACGAGAUGCUUUACAUGAUACCGAGGCGCGAGUUGAUUCGAUUUCUGAUGGCAAGAAUGCGAAUGGUAAUUCAGUGCUGCGUUCUUCGAGUCGAUGCACUUCCACCCCGAAGCACGGCUGUACUGUGGGUGUUUGUGAAAGUUGCCGUAUUGAAGUGCACAAGGCAGCGAGUUCUCGACUUGACGCAUCAUCAGAACCUGUCAAGAAACAACAGCAACAACAAGAGCAAGACCAUCCGUCAAAGGACGCACUGGAACAGUCAGCUUCCAGCCGUCACGUGCAUUGCUCCAUGCAAACCGACUCGUCUUCAUUUUCCAGCUCGACUUCAGUACCGAUUCGGACUGGCGGAACAUCCUCGAUUGCGUCUCGUUAUCAGACGAAUGCACGAGUGGUGCUCGUUGGUAUCGGAGCGGACGAGCAGCUCGCAGGGUACGGGCGUCAUCGCACAACAUUGAUCCACAGAGGUGAGCAAGCCUUGCGAGCUGAGUUGAAAAUGGAUCUUGAUCGGCUUUGGACACGCAAUCUUGGACGUGACGACCGCUGCAUUGCUGCCCAUGGACGAGAGGCGCGGUUUCCAUACCUUGACGAAAAUGUAGUGUCUACAAUCUCAAACUUCCCCGUCUCCUGUCUGUGUGACACCGACCUCCCACGUGGUGUCGGUGAUAAGCGCGUGCUACGCGUUGUAGCCCAAUCUCUUGGACUCAAAAGCUGUGCUGGACUUGCGAAACGCGCAAUCCAGUUUGGAUCGCGGAUUGCCAAGGUUUCUCACACUGGUAGCAAUCGCCAAACACAAGGAGAUAACAAGUUUAUAGGUAUGAAAAGCUGA